AAUGAGGCUUUUACUGAGUCUCGAACAAAACAAAGCUCUUUUACACGCGGGCUCGCGACAGCUCAUCUGUGAACGUGUAUGGCUUCUCGAAUAAACUGUAGCGAGUACAUUUAACCUGUUCCUGUCAUAUCUGCUUGGACCACUGGUGUGACAUGCGGGGUUAAUGAAUCUGGAGAUUGAGAAGAGAAAGCUAAACUCACAGUAAGGAGAACAAACAAAAGAGUUACCUUUUCUCAGCUCAGUUUGUCAAGGAACGUCAAUAUCAGAGCUUCACAUCUUCAGAUUUGAUUAAACCAAGUCAAUGGACACCAGGGCACAAUUACAGAAGCUACUGUCAGAGUAUGUUGUGGACACACUCAGCUACAUUCAGACAGUGAGAGAUUUCUGUGACAAAGAGUAUAAAUGGACCCUUCAGAGAGAGACAGAGCUGGAGAAGAUGAGAGACAUCAAGGACCAGGCAGACAAAAUCAGUCUUGGGUUUGACCAUGUUCAGCGCUCGGAUAACAAAGCCAAGGCUUUUGGGGAGUACAUGUGGAGUGGUUUAACUCAGGUCACAGCUGACUCCAAAAAUCAGGAGCUGGCGAAAGAGCUGGGUGCUGUCCUUAAGGACACUCUCGAGGGGCUGGAGAAACUGGACCACUUCUUGGAUGCUGUGGAGAAGCUAACGGUCACAUCACUAUUUGUCUUCAUUGGACAGAGUUUCCUGCCUAAGGAAGAGAGCCCUGAAAGUGUGCGAGCGGUCAUCACAGCUGCCAGAAUGGCCUGUCCUCUCCUCAUCCACUUUAAGCGAAAUGCAGAAACCUUCUUCCUUCCUAUAAUCAGUAAUGUGGAUGUCCUGGCCUUUCAGCUGGACAAAUACAUACGCACCACACAACAGCUUUGUGAGCGACUAGAGAAAAAAUCCAAGAGUGUUUUGUGGUCUGGAGGCUUCCAUGAAUGGAGGAAGGGUGAAGUUGUGAAGUUCAGUUUGAACUUAAGUGACAACUCCAUGCAAAAAAUGCUUGAUCAUUUGAAACAGUUAUGGAAAAUAAGGAUGGACCAGCACACCAGGCUGACAUUCAUUUUUCAGAAAGACACUCUGCAUUUCAUUGGUUUAUUCAGUCAGCGUCGCUCUAGAAUGGAGCAGUUCCUCUCAGAUCUGGAAGAGAGUGCGGUUCAACUGGACAGGAUGAAGAUGGGAGCCAGUAUCUCCACUGUGGCUGGAAGUUCAGUGGGGGUAGCAGGGGGCAUCUUGUCCAUUGUUGGUCUCGCUCUUGCCCCUGUCACUGCAGGAGUGUCUUUGGCUCUCACUCUUACAGGGGUUGGUCUGGGGGUGACCAGUGGUGUCAAUAGCCUAGUCACAGGCAUCACUGAAGCAGCAGUCAACAAUCACCAUGGGAAAAAUGCACAAAGCAUUUUCCAGAGAUACAUGGAUGAUGUGCAGAAGAUUGUAGACUGUCUGGAGAAGGCCAGCAGUGUGGAGCGUUUAGAGGGGCCAGAUGUAGUCGAUAUGUUUGUAGCUGGGAAGUUGAUUGCCUGUGCUGGAGGAGUGGCCAAAGGUAUUGAUGCUUUGGUGGAUGCAGCUUCAGCUUUUAAAGUGCUCAAAAGGGAGGAAGUGAUUGCUACUGCAACCAAGAUAGGACUCCAGGAGGCACAAAGUGCUCGCAACAUACCCAAGCUCCCUGCAGACCUGCCUGACAUUGGGCAGCUGACAAAAGGGUUGCCGCUUGCGCUCUCAAAGUCUGCUAGAGCUGGAUUUAUCACUUUAAAUGCCCUCUUUAUUGGCCUGGAUGUCCUUUUUAUUUGCAAAGACAGUAUAAGUCUGGCAAAUGGGAGCAAGAGUGAGGCUCCUCAGCUCAUCCGCUCUAGAGCAGCUCUGUGGAAAUCUGAGUUGGAGGCCUGGCAAAAGAUUCAUGAUUCCUUAUGCAUAGGAAUAUGGAGGUUUAGGAAGAGCCAGGAAGUUUUGGAGCAACUCUUUCUUCCUUAGAUAUUUGAUUGAGAGAUGAAGGUGAUUUAAUAAAAUGGUAAUAUUACAAAAUACUGCUCAAGAUCGAAAAGAGUUAAGAGUAUUCAAUAUUUGCAUUCCAAAUAUAUGUUUGCAUCUAUACUGUAUAUAGCAUGUAAAUAGGGUCCUCGAGACACUAACAGUAAUACCCUUGAUUUAUGGCACCUGGUAAUUAAUAGGAUUUUUAGAAAAGUCAAUACACACUAGUGGAGGUCUAAGCUUGUAACUCUUUGUUCUUCAUGUAUACACAUGUACACAUGAUUUAAAAUGUCAAAUCACAAAUAGCUUCUAAAAAGAUGGAGCAGAAAUCAUGUUUGUAUGUGUCAAGUUGUUGCUUAUCUUUAUAUUUUUGAAAAGCAGUCUGGUUGCAGCUCAUCAGAGUUAAAUAAUUUGGCUGUUUAUUUUGUGUUAUUUGCUUUAAGGAUGGUGACCUUCAGGAGUUUCAGUUAAACAUUGACAAGACAAACAAAAUGGCACUUUUGACUCUUAAUAGACCUUAUUCACGCUAGUGCCAUCUUUGAUUUUUAAUGGGAAUGGCAACAAGGCUUUGAGGGACAUUCGGUAUACAAAGAACUCCAGACAACAUGAGCUGUGUAAAAUCAGAUGUGAUCUAGGAGCGUAAUACAGCUUUAUACCGUUAGUGCUGCAUGGUGUGUCUGGGAUACAUCCCUUACCGCUGCCCCACACCACCAGGAGAUGUUCUGGGAUUAAUGGGGCUGUGAUGGGUGACUCCUGGCUGAUGACCCUGUAGCUGGACGACUUAAGGCACUGGUGGAGGUGUGGCAGGCAGUAAAGCCCAGCCGGUUCAGACAGCUACCUGUGCAUUUGAUUAAUGGCACAAUUUUUGUAAUGUGUAGACUCAGCAAAGUGAGAGAGUUGUGUUGUGUAAAUCUGAUGUUUAUUGUAAAUUGGUACAUGUCUCAUCACUGUCAUGACUACUAUGUUGCUCGGAACUGCACCCAAGAAUUUCACACACUAUUGCACUUGUGUAUAUGGUUGUGUGACAAUAA